CUCGGCAGAUAGAAACCAAGUAAUUUAAUACAGCUGAUCUAUUCAUCCUCUUGACUUUCUUUGCCCAGGUUGUUAUGGCAUUAAUGGCCACGUCGUUGCGCAUGGAGUUUUCGAAGCUCAUCGGAGUCGUUUACCUCUGGAGAGCCAGUUCCAGGAAACUGAAGUUUGAAAUUUUCCUUCAGUCUGAAAGGGUGAUCUAUUGAUUCUGUACUACAGCUUCAAUAGUAAACGUAUUUUGAGAGUGCCUUUCAAAUUGAGUCCAUGAAGUGUUUUCAUUUCUUGAAUAGAGAAGGGAAGCAAGAACCUCAAGUAAGUAAGAUGGCAAUGCAUUUUUCAAGCAGCACGACAUCGACCGAUCAAGAUACAAAGAAAUCUGUAUCCGACUUGACCUCCAGAAACGUUUCAGACAUGAGUACAGACUCUAUAGGGAGAUUUAAAUUCUCUAGAUUUUCUCAGAGGUUAAACGAUCUUAAGAUAUUCAAAAUUGAAGAACUAAAAUUUGCUACUCGAAACUUCAGCCGCUCACAGAUGCUUGGUGAAGGUGGCUUUGGAUGUGUAUAUAGAGGCACAAUCAAGAGUUCUGUUGAUCUACAUGCAAAUCUUGAGAUUGCUGUUAAAAAACUAAGCCGUGUGGGCUUGCAGGGACAUAAGACUGAGGUAAAUGUUUUAGGAGCGGUUGAGCAUCCAAAUCUUGUGAAAUUAGUUGGUUAUUGUGCUGAAGAUGAUGAAAGAGGAAUUCAGAGACUGCUUGUUUAUGAAUAUAUGCAAAAUGGAAGCGUAGAAUAUCGCUUAUCUCCAAAAGUAUCUGUCCCUCUUUCAUGGGCCAUGAGAUUAAAGAUAGCUCUUGAUGCGGCUCGUGGUUUAACAUACUUACAUGAAGGGAUGGAACUUCAGAUUAUUUUUCGAGAUUUCAAGCCAUCCAACAUUUUAUUGGAUGAGCAUUGGAAUGCAAAACUAUCUGACUUUGGCUUGGCGAGACAAGGACCAACAGAAGGAUUGACGCAUGUUUCAACCGCGGUGGUGGGAACAAUUGGCUAUGCUGCUCCUGAGUAUGUUCAAACCGGCCGGCUCACUGCGAAGAGCGACAUAUGGAGCUAUGGCAUAGUCCUUUAUGAACUCAUCACCGGUCGCCGUCCUAUGGAUCGAAACCGGCCCAAGUGUGAGCAAAAUCUCCUGGAGUGGAUCAAGCCUUACACUACUGAUGCCAAGAAGUUCCACUUUAUCCUAGAUCCAAGGAUAAAAGGGAGCUGCUCAGUGAAGUCUGCUAUGAAGCUUGCUGGUGUAGCCAAUAAGUGCCUGAACAAGCAUCCUAAGUUGAGGCCAAAGAUGAGUGAGGUGCUCCAAAUGGUGCAAUGUAUUUUUGAUGAUGAGAAGACUGAAGCUCUGCAAACUCUGACUCCUGCUACUGAGGAGAAGACGGUGGUGAGGAGGAAGAAAAGAGGAGCAGAGUCAAAGAUGAGGGCUGGAGAAGUGAAGAUGUUGUGCAGGGGAUGGGCGUCAAAACUUGUCAGAGCGAAUUAAGGCCUUGUUUGGGACGACUUUCUCACUAUUUAUUAAAGAAAAUUUUUAGUAUAAAAAUAUUAAUUAUUAUACUAAAAAAUUGCUUUAAGAAACAGUAAAAAAGUCGUGCCAAACAAAGCCUAAAUCUAUCAAAACAUGCUUUUUGUUUUUGAUGCUAUGUUUAUAUUUAGACCUGUAUUGCUCUAUCUUGAUAUUAAUGUCCUUUCAAUAUAGAACAAUAUAGAAUUAUAUAAAGCGAAGAAAGAAAUAUAGUGCUGAAAAGAAUCUGUAAUUAUCUCCCAUGGAGAAACCUGAGAGCCUUUGGAACCUGUAUCUGAUCAUACAUGAUAUGUUGUUUUUGCUUUAAUUUUAAAUGAAGGAAUUAGCAGUGGGUAUUUGCUUGCAA